CCUUUCCCGGAACGGAAGCUACAGAGGGAAGAAUGUGCAGGCAGGAGCAGCCGAUGGCGGAAAGAGAGAGCAGCGCGGAAGGGCAGGGAAGCUUAAUCGAGGCUGCAGGCGGAAUGGAGCGCGAAGGAGCGGAGGUAUAAGCACUUGAAUUUGCUACUCACAUCUGGAACAUGGAAGAAAACAGAGUGAUGGUUUCUUCUCCAUUUGAACUGCACCUGGUGCACUUAGAUCUCAAGGGAGCCCCACCAAAGGUCUCAUACCUGGCAGAGAUCUUCCCAUUGUUCCAUGCCCUGGGUGCAAAUGGCAUUCUCCUUGAAUAUGAGGAUAUGUUCCCCUAUGAUGGGGAACUGAAACCACUUCAAGCAAAUGACGCAUACAGUUCGGCUGAGAUUAAAGAGAUUUUAAAGCUGGCAAAGUUACAUGAGCUAGAGGUUGUCCCUCUGGUCCAGACCUUUGGACAUAUGGAGUUUGUCCUAAAGCACAAAGAAUUCUGUCACCUACGGGAAGUGGCAAUGUUCCCCAACACUGUGAAUCCCCAUAAAGAGGAAUCCCUGAAGCUGGUCAGCACAAUGAUAGAACAAGUGGUAGCGCUGCAUGAUGAUCUUCGAUGGUUUCACAUCGGCUGUGAUGAGGUGUAUUAUCUGGGUGAAGGAGAAGAGUCCAAACAGUGGCUGCAGGAAGAAGAAAAUACGAUAGAAAAACUGUGCCUGUCCCACAUGAAAGCCGUGGCCAGCCAUGUAGUCUCAGCCUACCCUACAGUGAAACCUAUUGUGUGGGAUGACAUGCUGAGGGGAAUGAGCGAGAAAACACUGAGAGAGUCUGGGAUGGCACAGCUUGCAGAGCUGAUGAUCUGGGACUACUCCCCGGACCUUGAUGUGGAUAGUAAAGCAACUCUCAUUAAAAAGUACCAGAAGUGUGACUUCUCAAAGCUGUGGUUUGCUAGUGCUUUUAAAGGGGCCACAGGAGUCAACCAGUGUCUGACCCUCAUUGGACACCACCUGAAAAACCAUGAGCAGUGGUUGAAAGUGGCUGAAAGCAGUCCUGCCGGUAUCAUCCAAGGAAUCAUCCUGACCGGUUGGCAAAGGUAUGACCACUUCUCUGUUCUGUGCGAGCUUCUGCCUGUAGGAAUCCCAUCAUUAGCCGUAUGUCUCCAGGCACUAAAGAACGGUGGCUAUUCAGAAAAGGUGAAAGAAGAUGUAGAAAAAUCCCUGGGGAUCUCCAGUUUGGAAAUAGACACUUAUAUGAGUGACAUCUCAGGGACUUUCCCGGGAAGUGAAAUUCUCUCGCUGGUGACCCAAAUUACAUUCUACCUCAAGACCUCAGUGGAUGAACUUCUGGAAAACAACAGGUAUGUCACAGGCUGGUUCAGCCCCUACCACAGAAAGAGGAAGAAGAUCCAUCCUAUAAUGAUUCAUCACUUUCAGCCAGAUGCACUAAGGCUCUUGACCAAGUGGACUACUGUGACCCAAGAGCUCCAAACAGCAAUGGAAAAGACAUUCUUUAUAUCUGCUGCAGAAGAAUGGAUGGAGGAGAAUGUCCAACCCAGCCUGCAAAGACUUCAGGGAACAGUCGAUGAUCUGGACAGAGCAAUACAGGAAUUAUCCUAAUACUCUUACAGACAGCUUUGCAGAUUUGAAGACCAGCAUGGUACAGCUAGCAUCAUGCAGCUAGAUUAGCAUGUGUAAGCCAGGGAGAUGCUCUUCAGGCACAGAGAUGAGUCUGUUGCGCUAACAGGCUUGGAAUUAAUCUUAAAAAGAAAUUUGGAAGAGAUACAGACUGCCUCGGGUCUUUCCCUUUCUUCUGAAAAUGUACCAGCAAUCACACUGUGUGCAUAGAGUCACACUGGGUAGAAGUGAGAGCAGGCUCCAAGAUUUCUCGUGGAUUUGUUAAGAUUGAUUGCAGACUUUUACAAUUUAAAAACCUGUGCACAGACACUUUAAAUAAAUAAAUAAAAGUU